GCUGUUUUUAAGAGAGGUGACAAAGCUUUGCCUAAUAAAUAUCGGCCUGCAUAUAUACUGAUGUGAAUACAGGCUUGCUCAACAUUAUGGAUUUGAAAACUGAUAUAGAUUGUCUAAUAGAGUGUUUGCGGUAUCAUCCUGAUGAUGCAAGAAAGGCACGUGAUACUGUUCUCACUAUUGCUUCACUUUGUUCUGGCUCAGAUGAAGCACAGAAUCUCUUGAGAACUUCUGGAGGCUUAAGUUUUCUUGUUAACGUCCUGAGCACAGCCCAAGAUGAAAGUUUGUGUAUGGCUACUCUGUAUGCUUUGGGGUGUGCUACAGAGAGGAAUGUUUUUUCACAGAGUAGGCUUUGUACAGACGCCAUGUUCCGGUUUCUCUAUUCUCAGCUGACCAAUGAACAGUUCGGUGUGCAGAUGAAACGAACUACUACCUUUCUUAUCAUGUGCCUUGUUACCAACAAUCGUAAGGGACAAACACUGGUUAGAAAAACUCGGUGCUUGGAUUCCAUGCUUCAGUUGUUCAGAAAUUUUCCAGGACUUAACGUUCCAUACAAUAAGGACGUUCGGUGUUUAGAUAAAGAUGAUGAAAAACUUUCUUUUGAAUUAUGGAAAGAUGUGACAGGAACUUUGUGUGGCUGUGUGAACAAUCCCCAAAAUGAUGAAAACCAGUUGGUAUGUGCAUCUAGUGUUCCAGCUGCCCUCUACAUCAUGUCUAACAGUCGGGACUCCCAUGUCAUACAGCUUUUAUGCUCCUAUAUCUCCCUCCUUGCAGCUAAUAAUGUGGUGAAUCAAGAUCGCUUUCAUAUGCUUGGUGGGCUAGAGGUAAUUGUAUCCAAAUUACCUUCCAUCAUUGACAAUAUCAUCAUGGAACCUGAAAAGGGAGUGAUCUCGUCUGCCUCCAACAUGAUCAGCAUGCUAAGUUCACUCAUUGCAGAUAAUGAUAAUAAUGUGCAGGCUUUAGCUUCUCUGAAAGUUUUACCUCUUCUCUUGAGAAUGUUAGCCCUAGAUGUGAUCUCCCUAGGUGUCAAGUUGAAGGUCGUUAUCACAAUUGGCUGUUUAGUUUCUGCAAGUGAGGGAAGCAAGAAGCAAGUUAUUGAAUGUGAUGGUCUGAAAUUACUUCUUAGCUUCAUGAUGGCCAAUCAAGAUGAAGAGUGUGCUAAAGCUGCAACAUUAGUCCUCCAUUCUUGCAUUAAUUCUGAAGGGGAGGAAGUAAAAGGCAUUAUGACAGAAGAUUGCUUGUCUGAAAAUGAAGAUCAGGUAGUCAAGGAACCAAUCAGCAAAGGAAAACUUCAAAAUCUUGCAGCUAGAAUUGACAUUCUUCAGAAAGCUUUACAAGAGGAGAAAAGACUGAUGAAGCAUUUAGAAGACGAAAAAGUAAACCUUCAGCUCAACAAGGAAGGAAGCUGUGCCGAUUUGAGCAGAGAUGAAGAUGAAAUCAGUAUGCAUUCUCCUGAUCUUCCACUCCAACCUCAUCCUAAUUCCCCAGUAUCCGUUUCAGACAAAGUACAGGAUAUAAAGCAACAGAGUUUUGUUCAACUACAAGAAAGGAUGGAUGUUCUUGAACAAAAGCUUUGUAACAUAGCCAGUAACAGAGAUAUUACAAAUGUGAAUAAUGAUUCUGCUAGCAGUGAAACAUCUGAUUCAGAAUCGAUAGUUCAUCGUUCAGUCUCUGAGGCAGAAAAUGAGGAAUCUCAACGACCCAGCAAAAAACCCAAACACCGUAAAGUAUUGUCUAAAAAGGCAACUCCUGUUCAUAUUGCUAAACAAAGCACUGUGAAGAAAACUACUCGUCAGCAGCAGGUCGCAACAGAUAAGAACGUAGCUGAAGAAUUACCUCUAUUCAAGAUACCACCUCCUGUCAAAAGAUGUAGGCCACUUGACCUUGUUAGUGGUAGUGUGUAUUCUAAGAAAUUAAAGUCUGCUUCUCCAGAUGGGAAACCACUUUCACUACAUAUUAAUUAUCAGAACAGAGGUGAGGUAACUCCCACAACGAAUGAUCAGAAGAUUGAUGUCAAUUGCCUCACAGUAUGUCAGGAGUCCUCUAUUCCGUGUGUAUUUUCUCGGAAUAGCUCUGGUAAAACAUCAAGGAAAAGGAGAUCAGACAGCAGCAGUGUAUAUAGGACACUGACAUAUGGCAGUGGAGAUGUUAAUGGAUUGUCAGCUCAGCUUGGAGAGAAGAAGAUGAAUAAAGACAAUAACUCUGAUGCCAAAAGCGAUUACAGUGAUGCCUCUGCGGUAUCUACCAUUGCUGAUAGUGUCUUCAGUUCCUUAACUUUUCACCUUUCUUGUCCUAUCAGACCAGUCAAUCAAAACCUCUCUCGACCAAUCAGACAUGGUCCUUUUCAAGCAGUUCACCAUAGCCCAAAUGUAGUCAAGUCGUUGAGAUCACCAAGGCAUAUGCUAGUGCCUCAGGGGAAACUUAGAAAGGACAUUUCUAACCAAUAUGGUAAAGAUGAUGUCACUGAUGCGAAGUCAAACAUCAAUGUGUUUGAUUUUGAAGAGGAUGAUGAAGAUAGCAAAAAGGAAUCCUCACAUGGAGCUUCAUGCCAUGCUGCUAUCUAUAAAGCUAACCACAAGGGUUAUAAGAUGUCUACUUCCACCAAUGCUGAUCAGUUUCCUCAAGAAACUUUGAGCCACAUUUCCUUAGCCAAACUGAAUGCGACUCCAAAAGUCAUGCUGAAGAAGCCUACUUUGAAAGGGAAAAACAUGAACAUGUAUACCUAUGGUGGAAAAUACAACACUAAAGACUUGGCUCUGAGCAACAAUGAUAACAAACAUGAAGGCAACCAAUGCUAUGAAGACAACCUGCGACCAUUUCCAUCAAGUCGCCACAAUGGGUAUGGAUCACAGAAAGAAUCUGCCAAGUUACUUAUUGGAAGGGGAAGUGGAAACAAGGCUAAGUCCUAUUCUGUGCACUAUGUCAGAGGCAAAAUCCAGUGCAGUCGUCUGUAUAGAGACAAAUUGAGUAGAGCCGGUAUAACACCCGAUGUGUGUUCCUCAACUUUGCUAAAAUGCCCAGGUUGUGCUCCUCCAAGACACUUCCCUCUCCUUGACAGUCGCACAUUGCUUCACACUCUUAUGGCAUCAAGACGUGAUCUGUGUAGCAUGCAUAACAGGUUGGUUGCAUCCAUAACAUCCUACAUCACAAACAAGGUGAAUCUUCUUAGUCGAUAAUCUCAUUUUAUGUUCUGCUCAAACACCUUUCUCAUGGCAUGUGCAGAAGGCUUAGAAAGAAGAUCAUCAUCUCUCACAAAAUGAACCUGUUUGAUUUCAUUUAAGUUCAUUUUACAUUCUUGUUGCAUUCAUAAUGAUGUUCAUUUAGAUAAAAAUACAACACAAAUAACCAAUAUAUCUGUGAAGCCAUUUUUGUCUCACCUGCAUAGCAGAGUGAGACUAUAGGCGCCGCUUUUCCGACGGCGGCGGCGGCGUCAACACCAAAUCUUAACCUGAGGUUAAGUUUUUGAAAUGACAGCAUAACUUUGAAAGUAUAUAGACCUAGUUCAUGAAACUUGGCCAUAAGGUUAAUCAAGUAUUACUGAACAUCCUGCCUGAGUUUCAUGUCACAUGACCAAGGUCAAAGGUCAUUUAGGGUCAAUGAACUUAGACCAUGUUGGGGGAAUCAACAUCAAAAUCUUAACCUAAGGUUAAGUUUUUGAAAUGUCAUCAUAACUUAGAAAAUAUAUGGACCUAGUUCAUGAAACUUAUACAUAAGGUUAAUCAAGUAUCACUGAACAUCCUGCAUGAGUUUCACGUCACAUGACCAAGGUCAAAGGUCAUUUAGGGUCAAUGAACUUUGGCCGAAUUGGGGGUAUCUGUUGAAUUACCAUCAUAACUUUGAAAGUUUAUGGAUCUGAUUCAUGAAACUUGGACAUAAUAGUAAUCAAGUAUUACUGAACAUCCUGUGCAAGUUUCAGGUCACAUGAUCAAGGUCAAAGGUCAUUUAGGGUCAAUGAACUUUGGCCAAAUUGGGGUAUUUGUUGAAUUACAGCCAUAAAUUUGAAAGUGUGUUGGUCUAGUUCAUAAAACUUGGACAUAAUAGUAAUCAAGUAUCACUGAACAUCCUGUGCGAGUUUCAGGUCACAUGAUCAAGGUCAAAGGUCAUGUAAGGUCAAAGAACUUUGGCCACAUUGGGGGUAUUUGUUGAAUUGCCAUCAUAUCUCUAUAAGUGUAUUGGUCUAGUUCAUAAAACGUGGAAAUAAGAGUAACCAAGUAUCACUGAACAUCUUGUGCGAGUUAUAGUAGUUUUCAAAAUCAGCACUGCUGCUAUAUUGAAUCGCGUGAUGCAGGUGAGACGGCCAGAGGCAUUCCACUUGUUUCAUGGUUAACUGCAUGUGCAAGUUAAAAGUAAAAGGUCGUUGAGUACUUUAUUUAGAAGGCAAAGAUUUGUGGUUAUUUGUCUUGGAAAGUAAGAAUGGCUUCAUUAUCUUUUAAGAAUAUAUAAAUGCCACAGUGAAUUUUUUUGUUCAAGCUUAAGGAAAUUUACUAUUAUGUCAAUGGCUCAAAAUGGAAAUAUUUCAAAAUGGAAAUAUUUAAAAGAAUCAUUUGUAGAAAAUAAGUGUAAAUAAUAUAUAUAUAUACUGUAACAUAAUUUUGCUUUUAAGUCUUGUUAAAUGUCAAGAAUAUAUAAUCUACUUUAUGAUGAGAAUAAACAGAAAUGAUCCAAUGAUUUAGAUAGUUGUUGGUGUUAUAUAUGUGAAUCUUCAAUCUGUUUGGUUAAUUUUCAAUUAAAUGGGGCCAAAAAAUCCUCUCAUGACAAUUUUUACAAGCCUUUCUUUUUGGACUUGGUCUUUGAUACUACAUGCACUCCUAUGGUUUUUUUUCUUAAUUAACUCAUUGUAAUUGUGUGCAUUUUGGGUUUUAGCUAAUAUGUUAUUGAAACAUACUACAUACCAUGUUGCCUAUCAUUGACAUGGUAUCUUAUCAAAGUAAAUUUAUUGUGAUGAAUUAAACAAAAUAUUAAGUUCACAUUCAUAAAAGAAUUAGCAUUUAAUGAUGACAAUAAAAAUAGAAGUAUUUCAAUUUGUUCAGAUAGAUGUAUAUAAGGCAUAUCAAUCUUUGGUGAAUAUAAUGUACUGGUUUUUGUAUACAUUUUUAGAUAAAGUGAGAUACAAUUCAUUUCUGUUGUGACACUUCACAAAAGUAUGACAGAGCACACUUAUAUUCUUUGUUCUAAAUCACAAUUUACAUUGUUAUACAUACAAGUUUAGAUCUUGCUCAUAGAGCUUUUAGAUUUAUUUAUUUCUGUACAUAUUUUUUCUAUCAAAAUCGUAUGAUGGUUUAUGUACAAUUUGUAAACUAUUGUAUGCAUCUAAUAGAUAUCGUGUCAAGAAACUUAAAAAAUACUAUAUUGAUUAACAUUUCAAAUGUAUGGCUUCAUACCUCAUUCUGUCCAAAGUUAAAUAUUGUUUUUCAGACAGCAAUUGUUUUGGUCAAAUUAGCCUAAAACUUUUUGGCAUAGUUCAUUUCAUGACACAGCUAUCUGCUAUGAGAAAGAGUUGUGAUCAAUUCAGAUUGAUUGCAACUGUUGAGGUCAAUUUUGACUUUUUCAUUAUGUCCAAUAUCAAUGUUGUAAAAUUGAAAUUUGAUUCCUUAUAGUAAAAAAUUAGCUCCAAUAUACAUUUUGCCAUAAUCAUUGUCUGCCUAGCUGCAAGGGUCUGUCCGCUCCAUAUUCUGUUAUGGCAGAUUAUAGCAGAUUGGAUGAAUCUAUUAUUUUGCAAAUCAUCUGACUUGGUUGCAACUAUUCAAAGGGUUUGUUUGGACCAGAUCCCCUUAUUAAUUUUUCUGAUUGUCGACAAUAAAAGCAGUUAUUUAGAUAUAGAUAAUAUACAAGAUAAUAUACAUUAAAUUGAUAUUAUUAAGUUCAUUUUACAUUACAAAAUUUCCAUAAUGCAGUGGCAAUUUAUAUCAUUAAAAAAAAUAUUGUUCAAGGCAAAUAUUUAUAUGCCAGUCCUAGACGGGACGUACUAUGGUAUCACGCUCGGUGUCCGUCCGUCUGUCUGUCUAUCCGUCCGUUAAAUUUUCCUUGUAAACGUGAUAACUUCAAUUUGACUUAACCUAGGCUCAUAUAAUUUGGUUUGUAUGAUGCAAGCAUGGAUCCCAGGAAGCCUAUUGAUUUUGAAAUCAAAGGGUCAAAGAUUAAGGUCACAGUGACAUAUUUUCAUCUUACCCUUCUGCAGUCCUUGUAAAUGAUGUCACAUCCCCACUUUCUGGUUUCUUAUGUUAUUACAUAAAAUCAUAAUUUUUUCAUUAUUUCAUACUUCUGUGAAUAAUAUGUCUCCCUUAUAAUGAAAUAAGUUGCAACAAUAAAUAUUUAAUGCACUAAAUCAGUUGUCAAUCCAAUUUUUCUAGUUCUUACAGGAAAAAAUUUCAAUAAACCCAAUUUCAUAUAAUAAAAUACAAAAGAACAAGUGGGGAUGUGACAUCAUCAACCCACCUAAUGAAUAUUCAUGACGACUGUUUUCACAAAAUAUUGCUAAACUGUAAACUUAAAUAACUUUGUUAUUUGUCAUCCGAUUUUGAUGAAAUAUUCGGCAUUUUGCUCAGUGAAUUCUACUCUAUUUAUUAAGCUAUAAACACUCUCAGCCCGGACCAUCCCUUUAACCUAGGCUCAAAUAAUUUGGUUUGUAUGAUAUGAGCAUAGAUCUCAGCAAUUCUAUUGAUUUUGAGGUCAUAGGUCAAAGGUGAAGUCGCCACCUUCCACUUUCCUUGCUUGACCAAUAACUCCAUUUUUCACGCUACAGGCGGGAUUAUGUGCUCGCCUUAGUGACACUCUUGUUCCUUAUAGGCUGCAAAAAAAGUGAUGAAUGUUUAUGAUUUAGAGAAAUAAUAUAAUGUACGGGGUCACCCCCAAGGGAACUAGUAUUGUGAAAUUGGUUAUAUCAUAAAACAGUUUCUAGGAUGAAACCAAAAGCAAGUGCCUAAGUUACAUUAAUAGUGCAGCACUGAAGAUUUUGAAUGUAUCAAUUACCUCAAUUGGUAAAAACUAAAAUGCCAUGAUAUACAGAUUCUUUCAAAUAGAGAAAGCUCUUGCAACGAUUUUGAUGCACUAUACUCAGGCACACUUUAUAUGCUUGUGAUAUUACAAUAGAAAGCAAGAUGUCACCUGGAAUGUCACCCCUUUGUCUGUGAAAUUUGGAGGGGGAUGGGGGGAGAUAACAAAUUUUACCUCCAAUUCACACUACCGACCUAUGUAAUGAAACAAGUAAUGCACAGGCUUAAUAAAAAAUGUAUGAUGUUAGUGGCAAUUAAGUCAGGUAUCAACAAGUGGGUCCGGAGACUAGUUUAUCACUAAUACACAAGUAUUUCAUUGUGUCAAUUACUGAGCAAGAGCCUUCUAUGCACAAGUCCUAGUCAUGAUUAGUUAUAGGACCUUUAGUCUGCAUAUUCCAACUACUUUUCUCAAUGUAAAGGACAAGUCCAACCCAACAAAAAGUUGAUUUAAAUAAAAAAUAGAAAAAUCCAACAAGCAUAACACUGAAUAUUUCAUCAAAAUCAGAUGUAAAAUAGGAAAGUUAUGACAUUUUAAAGUUUUGCUUAAUUUCACAACACAGUUAUAUGCACAUCCUGGUCAAUAUGCAAAUGAGGAGACUGAUGUCAUCAUCAACUCACUAUUUCUUUUGUAUUUUAUUUUAUUGAAUAUAGAAUUUUCUCGUCAAGUAAACAACCAUUUAUCUCUGAACAUGUGGAAUUAAUAUUGUUUAAAACUAUAUGGUUCAGCCAAGAGAAAAUAAACGAGAGAGUCAAAAGGGGCCUAAGCUUUCGAUCCUAGCAGAAUCUUCGUCGGAGGCAAAAUGACCAUAAAAAAACAAACAAUAGAAAUAGUGAGUGAAGGACAUCAUUGACUGUCUCAUUUGCAUGUCACCAAAUUGUGCAUAUCACUGUUAUGUGAAAAAUAAGCGAAACUUUAAAAUGUCAUAACUUUCUUAUUUUACAUCUGAUUUUGAUGAAAUUCUCAGCAUUAUGCUUGUUUGAUUUUUCUCUAUUUAUUAAAAUAUACAUGUUUCUGGGGUGCACAGCAAACUAUGUGUUAUACUUGUCGCACACAGUACCCUUGAGUGUGCUGCAUCGUCAUUAACAUACUCAAACUGCAAUUUGUAUUGCAUUGCCUCCCUUAAAACCAAUGUAAGUAUUGGAAUAAUCUGCCAUCAUUUACAAUUCUGUUAUUUCUAAUAUUUGAUUUGAUUUUUUGUUUUGAGGAUGCAUAAAUGAAAAUAAAAUAAGAAGAAACAAAAAGCAUUUUGGCUAUGAAGCAAUCCUCGAUCGUGUGAAUGAAUCAUUUACUUUCUGGCCAUAGGCCACUGUAGGUGAGAAGCAAUUGGGGGUCAUCCAUUUAUUGGUUCAUCCCAUUUCUGUCUCGCCCACCAGAGGUGAAGGUGAGACUAAGGGAUGCAAAUGUUGUUUGUCCGUCCGCCACAAACAUUAUGACACAUAACUCCGCAACUGUUAUUCACUUUUCAACCAAUGGAUGGUAGAUGUACUUAGGGAACCUGCAUGUUAUUGUGCAGUCAGAGGUCACAUGAUAAGGUCAAAGGUCAUUUUCAGGUCAAAAUUAAAGUUAACGUGCAAGAUAGCCUAGUGCGCAGACUCUCUAUAAUGACGCAUAACUCCACAACCUUAAGUCACUUUUCACCCAAGCUUGGGUUGUAGAUGUAAUUAGGAGACCUGCACUUUAUGUUUCAGACAUAGGUCACAUGGUAAGGUCAAAUGCCAUUUUCAGGUCAAUGUUAAAGUUCACGUGCAAGACUCUCUUAUGACACAGAACUCUUCAAUGUUAAUUCAUUUUUCACCCAAACUUGGGUUGUAGAUGUACUUAGGAGACCUGCAAGUUAUGUUUCAGUCAGAGGUCACAUGGUAAGGUCAAAGGUAAUUUUGAGGUCAUUGUUAUGACAUAACUCUGCAACCGUAAGUCACUUUUUAACCAAAGUUGGGUUGUAGCUGUACUUAGGAGACCUGCAUGUGAUUGUGUUCAGGGGUCACAUGGUAAGGUCAAAGGUCAUUUUGAGGUCAAUAUUAAAGUUUACAUUGAACUUUUGAUAUGAUUCUGUUUCGUGCCCUCACAAAUCACUAUAUUUCCGGUUACUUUCACAAGUGGGCGAGACACAACAUCGCUUAUGCCUUGUUGUUCUCAAAAUAACUCAAGAACCUUUCAACAGAUCAAUGUCAAACGUGGUGUAAGUAUGCCUAAACGUUGACAAUGAUGUGAUCAGUUUUCAUUAAUUACAAAGAGCAUGAAGAUAAAAUUAUUUAUAUCAGACUAACAUGGAAGAGGUGCAUUGAUUUCCAUUACAAUGAAAUGCAAGAGAAUUAAUUUAUUAUGCUUCAUAGCAGGAAUAAGGUGGGAGUUAAUUAGUGAAGAAAGGAAUAAUUAGAUCUAAUUUGGACUAUAGCUGUGAAUUAUAGGACUUGGCAAGACUUUAACUGAUAUUAAAUAAUUUGAUUCAGUCCAAUAUCAGUCAAAAAUAAUUGGUAAAUACAUGAAAACAUUAUGGAAGGGUUAUUUACAAAUAUAUACUGAUGGAUACAAUUGAUCAAAAUGCAGGGGCAGCUCUUGGGGGCGGGGUAGACACAGUACCCUCACUUUUGAAAUACUAAAUAAGUCCCUUUUUACCCAAGAAAAUGUCCCCUUGCAAAUGUGUUUAAUGCCCCUUUCAUCUUGGAAGGACCCACUUUCUGUGUUGAUGAGUGCCCCUUCACCUUCUUAUUAGUGUCUAUUCUUGUAUAAGAUAAGUUGCCCUGCUUAAAACUGCUCUUUUUUUGCAUGAUCAGCUCUUUUUUCUUUUGAAAAUGAAUUUGAUAAUCUUCUGUAGUGUGCCCCUU